GUCCGGUGCGCCGCCGGAAGUGGGGCCGUGCUUCCGGUGCGCCGCCGGCAGCUGCCAUCGCCCGCCGCCAGUCCCGGCCCGCUCCAGGUCCCGGUCCCGUCCCGGUCCCGCCGCCGCCAUGGCGGUGCCCAGCGCCCUGAUGAAGCAGCCGCCCAUCCAGUCCACGGCGGGCGCCGUGCCCGUCCGCAACGAGAAGGGGGAGCUGUCCAUGGAGAAGGUGAAGGUGAAGCGCUACGUGUCCGGCAAGCGGCCCGACUACGCGCCCAUGGAGUCCUCGGAGGAGGAGGACGAGGAGUUCCAGUUCAUCAAGAAGGCGAAGGAGCAGGAGGCCGAGCCCGAGGAGCAGGAGGAGGAGGUGGCCAACGACCCGCGGCUGCGGCGGCUGCAGAACCGCGUCACGGAGGACGUGGAGGAGCGGCUGGCACGGCACCGUAAGAUCGUGGAGCCUGAAGUGGUUGGAGAAAGCGAUUCUGAGGUGGAGGGCGAAGCGUGGCGCCUGGAGCGAGAGGACACCAGCGAGGAGGAGGAGGAGGAGAUCGAUGAUGAGGAGAUUGAGCGUCGGCGCGGGAUGAUGCGCCAGCGAGCGCAGGAGAGGAAAACCGAGGAGCUGGAGGUGAUGGAGCUGGAAGACGAGGGCAGAUCUGGAGAGGAGUCUGAGUCAGAGUCCGAGUACGAGGAGUACACGGACAGCGAGGAUGAAAUGGAGCCGCGGCUCAAACCCGUCUUCAUCCGCAAGAAGGACCGAAUCACAGUUCAGGAGCGAGAAGCAGAAGCCUUGAAGCAGAAGGAGCUGGAGCAGGAAGCAAAGAGGAUGGCAGAGGAGAGGCGCAAAUACACGCUCAAGAUCGUGGAAGAGGAAGCAAAGAAGGAGCUGGAGGAGAACAAACGCUCGCUGGCAGCACUGGAUGCCCUGGACACUGAUGAUGAGAAUGACGAGGAGGAGUACGAGGCCUGGAAAGUACGUGAGCUGAAGCGCAUCAAGCGGGACCGCGAGGAGCGAGAAGCCAUGGAGAAGGAGAAGGCAGAGAUUGAGCGGAUGCGGAACCUGACGGAGGAGGAGCGCCGCGCCGAGCUGCGCGCCAACGGCAAGGUCAUCACCAACAAGGCCGUGAAGGGCAAAUACAAGUUCCUGCAGAAGUACUACCACCGCGGCGCCUUCUUCAUGGAUGAAGAUGAGGAGGUGUACAAGCGGGACUUCAGUGCCCCGACCCUGGAGGACCACUUCAACAAGACCAUCCUGCCCAAAGUCAUGCAGGUCAAGAACUUCGGGCGCUCGGGACGGACGAAGUACACGCACUUGGUAGACCAGGACACCACCUCGUUCGACUCUGCCUGGGGCCAGGAGAGCGCGCAGAACACCAAGUUCUUCAAGCAGAAGGCAGCGGGUGUGCGGGAUGUCUUUGAGCGGCCCUCGGCCAAGAAGCGGAAAACGACCUAAGGCGGGCGCAGGAGGCGUCCCGGGAAGGCGCUGCCGGGCCGGCUGCCCGAGAGCCUGAGCAGGAACAGAGGGGAGGGAACUGCCAGGACUCUGCCGUGACACGCUGUUCCCGUGCCCCUGCCCCGCACCCUCCCCGGCAGCACAGCGGCACCGUGCCCGCAGACACGGCCUCCUCCACGCCCGCCUCGCGGAGGCUGCUGCCCGCCCGCCCACCCUGACGGAGCCGGGCCCGGCUGUGUGGGAGCACGGCGCCCCCUGCCCCGCGUUCGGAGGAACUCGCGGACUUCUCUCUGCUCCCUGGUGUCUCCCUGUGCCCUGUACCUGUCCCGUCACCACAGCGGGCCCUUUUCUUGGUUCAGAACAGCUGUAACAACGUUUCCUAACCCUGUUUCUGCGGGGCUUGGCUUUUGUACCUGGGCAGCAGGAGGGGAUUGUUUUGAUUAAAGCAGUUGUUUUCUUAAGAA